GGCGGACCGUCGCAGCAGCAGCACUGAACAUGGCGAGCCAGGAGGAGUCCGUGCGGGAGUUCGUGGCCGUCACCGACGUGGACGAGGAGCGGGCUCGGUUCUUCCUGGAGUCUGCGGGCUGGGACCUGCAGCUUGCACUGGCCAGCUUCUUCGAGGAUGGAGCCGACGACGACAUCGUCACUCUUCCUCAGCCGGAGGGCGGCUCCUCGGUGUCCCGCCCCGCCGGGCCCAGCUCUCAGCCCAGAGUCACGUCCUUCAGAGACCUGAUGCACGAGGCCGAGGAGGAGAGCGAUGAGGAGGAAGGUCAGAGGUUUUUCGCGGGCGGGUCGGAGCGCAGCGGGCAGCAGAUCGUGGGACCCCCCAAGAAGAAGAGCUCCAACGAGGUGGUGGAGGAUUUGUUCAAGGGAGCCAAGGAACACGGGGCCGUCCCCCUGGACCGGGGAGGGAAGGGCCCGGGGGAGUCCAGCAGAGCCAAGGCCUUCAUCGGAGGAGGCUACCGGCUAGGAGCCGCUCCGGAGGAGGAGUCUCCGUAUGUAGCAGGAGAGAGCCGCGCCUCCAACAGCCAACAGGAUGUCCACGUGGUGCUGAAGCUGUGGAAGACGGGCUUCAGUCUGGACAACGGAGAGCUGAGGAACUACAGCGACCCGGGGAACGCCAACUUCCUGGAGGCAAUCCGGAGAGGGGAGAUCCCCCUGGAGCUGAGGCAGCGGACCCGGGGCGGCCAGGUCAACCUGGACAUGGAGGACCACCGGGACGAGGACUACAGCAAACCCAAGGUGGCCUUCAAGGCCUUCGGGGGGGAGGGCCAGAAGCUGGGCAGCGCCACCCCGGAGCUGGUCCCCCCCUCCUCCUCCCAGCAGGACCAGCAGGUGAACGAGGCCCAGGCCAGCGCCGCCGUGAGCCUUGACCCCAACCAGCCCACCACCAACAUCCAGAUCAGACUGGCAGACGGGGGGAGACUGGUGCAUAAGUUCAACCACACCCACAGGGUGUCGGACCUGCGGAGUUUCUUGGCGGCGGCCCGGCCCGCCAUGGCGGCCCGGGAGUUUGUUCUGAUGACCACGUUCCCCAACCGCGAGCUGGAGGACGAGAGCCAGACGCUGGCGCAAGCUAACCUGCUGAACGCCGUCAUCGUGCAGCGGCUAAAGUGAGGCUAGCGCCGCCGCGGCUACGCGCCCGGCGCCGCCCGGCUCCUCCCUCCCUCCCCGACCGCGGCCCGUCGCCCCGGAAACCCGGGAAACCCGCCGGCCCCCGAGGGAGAACCACAGACUUGCACACGGACUUCUGAUUUCUCAUCUUUUGUUUCUGUUUGUUUUCUAAAAUGAAAUGCCUGACCAUAAGCCCCGCCCCCUGACAAGCCCCGCCCCUCCCGAACAUAAGCACCGCCCUCCAUGACCAAAAGCCCCGCCCCUCCCGACCAUAAGCCCCGCCCCCGGUUCUUAGAAUCCAGAAUCUGAACAUUAGAAUCUAAACAUUAAAAUCUGAACAUCAGAAUCUGAAUCUGAACAUUAAAAUCUAAACAUUAAAAUCUGAACAUCAGAAUCUGAACAUCAGAAUCAGAAUCUGAACAUUAAAAUCUAAACAUUAAAAUCUGAACAUCAGACUCUGAACAUUAGAAUCUGAACAUUAGAAUCUGAACAUCAGAAU